AUGCCAGGCGUUGCAUUCCAGCUCCGUGUAAUAUGCACUCUUCUUGCAGUGCAAGGCGCUCUCGGUUCCCUACGAGCGUUCAACUUCACAGUUCAUACCGCCCAGCGCAGCCCAGAUGGGUUUUCUCGUGAAGUCUACUUAAUCAAUGGACAGCAGCCCGGUCCAAUGAUUGAAGUUGACGAAGGGGAUGAUGUGGAGGUGUUCGUUCGCAAUGAGUUGCCAGUUAGCACUACUAUCCAUUGGCAUGGUAUGUUAUCGUCAAAGUAUAUGUGGCGGCUCAACUAA